AAAAUGAAAUCUUUGCGAAAAAGUCAGUCUAUUCGUUUAUCGAUUACACCAUGUUUGCUAUUCGUCUCUUGCAGAAAGCAAAGAAUCAUCAUCAUAACAAUAAUCAGCAAAAUGUACAAGGAAGUGUGGCACCAGCAGAUUUGGAUCCUCACAUUGCUCAUCAUUAUGGUAUCCCGUCAACUGCCUCGAUACUUGCUUUCGACCCCAUUCAACGUCUAAUGGCAAUUGGGACACUGGAUGGCAGAAUAAAAGUGGUCGGCGGUGACAAUGUGGAAGGCCUUCUCAUAUCUCCAAAGCAGUUGCCCUUCAAAAAUUUGGAGUUCCUACACAACCAGGGUUUUCUAGUGAGCGUCUCAAACGAAAAUGAUAUUCAGGUUUGGGAUCUGGAACACAGGCAGAUAGCUGACUCUUUAAAGUGGGAAUGCAACAUAACUGCUUUCUCUGUGAUACCAGGCACCCAUUUCAUGUACAUUGGAGAUGAAUAUGGAAUGGUGUCUGUCUUGAAGUACGAUGCUGAAGAAGUAGCAAUUUUGCAGUUGCCAUAUCAUAUUCCAGCAAAUUCUUUAGCUGAUGCAGCUGGGGUUUCAUUACCCGAUCAUAUAUCUGUUGUUGGAGUUCUCCCUCAACCCUGCACUUCUGGGAAUAGACUGAUGAUAGCAUAUGAGAAUGGGUUGAUCGUCCUCUGGGAUGUUUCUGAAAGUCGAGUUGUCCUUUUUAGAGGCCACAAGGAUCUCCAAUUGAAAGAUGAUCAGGUGGUUGAGGAAAAUACAUCUGAGUUGGAGCAAGAGGAGAAAGAAAUAAGCUCUCUAUGUUGGGCAUCUCUUGAUGGAUCCAUUCUUGCUGUCGGAUAUGUUGAUGGUGAUAUUUUUCUAUGGAACAUGUUAAGUGUGUCCUCUAUCAAAGGUCCACAAGCUGGGGGAUCAUCUAAUGAUGCUGUUAAGCUACAAUCAUCUUCUGGGAAAAGAAAGAUUCCGGUCAUUGUCUUACAUUGGUCCGCAAAUAGUAGAUCAAACAAUGAGCGUGGAGGGCAAUUAUUUAUCUAUGGAGGUGAUGACAUAGGAUCUGAAGAAGUCCUUACCGCCUCGAGUCUUGAAUGUUCCUCCGGUAAAGAAGCUAUACGAUGCGUCAACCGCGUGGAUCUCUCUCUUAAUGGAUCCUUUGCAGAUAUGAUUUUAGUUCAAAAUGCCGGGGCAACAGAGAAUAAUACAACUGGCGUGUCCCUCUUUUUACUGACUAACCCUGGUCAAUUGCACGUAUAUGAUGAUGUUAUGCUGGCCUCACUUUUAUCUCAGCAAGAAAAAAGUCCUUCUGUCCGCCCAAUACCGUUUCCUGUGGUGGUACCUAUGGCUGAACCACACAUGACAGUGGCUAAGCUAUGUUCAGUACCCAUGGAAGGACAUUCAUCAAAGGCUCUCCUAGAGGCAUCCUUAAAUCUAAAAGCUACACUAUCUGCGGGUACAAAGUGGCCUUUGACCGGUGGAAUUUCCAAAAAAUUGCCCUUCUCUGAAGAUGAUGGCGUGGAGAAAGUAUACAUUGCAGGCUAUAAAGACGGAUCUAUUCAAUUACGGAAUGCAACAUAUUCAGUCCUCUCACCUAUUGCUGCCUUAGAAGGCGAGGUACAAAAGAUUGAAGUGUCUGGAGCCAGUGCCCCUGUAUCAGCAUUGGAUUUUUGCUUCCUCAGUACAAGUUUGGCCGUUGGCAGUGAAAGCGGUCUGGUUCGUAUAUAUAGACUUGGUAAUUCUGAAGAGACAAGUUUUCAUUUCGUGUCAGAAAAUAAUCAAGAAGUUCACAGUUUGCAUCAAGCGAAAGGACUUCAAUGUAUAGCUGCCUUUUGCAUCUUAAAUUCUCCAAUUCGGACCCUACAGUAUGCAGAUUCUGGAGCCAAACUUGCCGUAGGGUUUGAAUGUGGUCAGGUUGCAAUGUUUGAUAUGAGUUCAUUAUCAGUUUUAUAUCUUAAAGAGUGUGUAUCAGGCUCAAGCUCCCCAGUUAUUUCAACAGAUGUUCUGGCAUGUACAGACAUUUGUAGCUUGUUACACAGUUCGAAGCAAAAGGUUCCCAAAAGCCCAAAGGGCGCUUCUGGUGCAGAACAGAUAGAAAAUAAGGACCCUCUUGAUGGACAAGUUUUUAUUUUGACAAGAGAUUCACACGUAUUAGUUCUUGACAGUGUUACUGGUAACACAAUUAGCUCUUGGGGGACACAACAAAAGAAGGGUUCAACUGCAAUUUCCAUGUAUAUAAUAGAUAACAGCUCUUUGGCUUCAGAAGCAUCCACCACGGAGCACUCAGAGUCGCUAUCCAAGGAUAGUGCUACUCAAAGUGAGCAGCUGUCCAAGGAUAGUACUACCCUUGUUGGAGUUAACCCACAAAUCGAGAUUCGGAGCUCUAGGGAAAGCAGAAGUUCUGGGAAGAGGUCAUUGGAUUCACUUGUGGUACUUUGUUGCGAGGAUGCAUUGCAUGUAUACUCUUUAAAAUCCGUGAUACAGGGGGAUAAUAAUUCCAUCCGCAAAGUGAGUCUUUCGAAACCCUGUUGUUGGACAACAACUUUCAAAACGACAAAUGAGAAAGCUUCUGGGAUAAUUUUACUCUAUCAGACUGGAAUGAUUGAAAUAAGGUCCUUUCCGGAUUUAAAAGUCGUGGGAGAAAGCUCAUUAAUGUCAAUUCUUAGGUGGAGCUUCAAAACUAACAUGGAAAGAACCGUAUGUUCUACUGAGAGGGGACAGAUAGCAGUGGUAAAUGGGUCGGAGUUGGCUUUCAUCUCCUUCUUGGCCUCUGAAAGUGACUCCAGGAUUUCGGAUUCUUUACCUUGUCUUCAUGACAAAGUUCUCGCUGCUGCUGCUGACGCCGCUAUCAGGUUCUCCUCAAGUCAGAAGAAAAAACAGGUUCAAGGAUUUCUUAUAUUUUCAUUGAUAUCCUAUGUUUCGCGUAGUAAUUUAAUCGAGUAUGUUUUUCUGUUACAGGGUAGCCCCGGAAUUCUUGGUAUCAUUAAGGGUUUUAAAGGGGAGAAGGGACAAGCAAUGGAUUCUGCUACCAGCCCAUCAUCUGAUUUUCGUCUACAUUUAGAAAGCAUAUUUUCAAGCGUCCCAUUUUCAUAUGCAGCUCUAGAUAUUCCGGAUUUUGAAGAUAUAGAGGAGCUUAAUAUAGAUGAUAUAGAAAUUGACGAGCCAGUACCCGUUGCUUCUACAUCAUCUUACAAAAGCAAAAACGACAAAGGUAAGGAUAAAGAUAGAGAAAAGUUGUUCGAUGGUGCGCCGCCUGAGAAGCCAAAACUAAGGACGCCAGCAGAAAUUAUGAUUAAAUACAAAUAUGCUGGGGACGCUUCUGCUGCAGCAGCAGAGGCAAAAGACAAGCUCUUGGAACGCCAGGAAAAACUUGAGAGAAUCCGUAGAAACACUGAAGAACUAAGUAAUGGAGCUGAGAACUUUGCAUCAAUGGCUAACGAACUUGUCAAGACAAUGGAAGGCCGUCGUAAAUGGUGGAAUAUAUAACAAAAACAUGGCAUCAUUUGAGGUUGUUCAUCCAUUUGGUGUGAGCCAAGUUGGAGCCAGGCAAAUUUCUGCUGUGAUGUUUGAGAAAGCGUCUGGCAGGUUCGUCACAGUAGCUACCAACCUAGGUAUAUUUGCCAUAGAAUGAAUGUUGAGCUGGGAUUUUAUGUACAUCAAGAUUCAGCAGGAAUUGUUAAUUACGUCACCAAUUCGCUCAAAAAUUGAGAGAUGCUUUCUCAAUCUGGUAGUAUUCCCUUCCGCCAAAACCAGAUAGAUGAUUUCCCCCACAGAAGAAAUGGGAUCAUAGUUGUAAACUGACAUCGUACCAAGUCAUAUAGAAGUGCGUGCAGGUCUGCCUUUGUAUAUAUGUUUGUUGGGAGUUCCAGUUGUGCAUGCCACUCUGAUGUUGUUUGCUUGAAUUUUUUUGUGUAACCUGAACACAGUGAUCUUAUAAGGCUCUGUAAGCCAUUCAGAAUCUCAGAUCUAGUUUGCAAACUUGAAAUGUAUUACUAUCACUAGGGCAGUUCUCUGGACCCCCAGUUAAAUUCUUUGUUUUUUCCUCAGGGUUCUUUUUUCUCCCAA